AUGAAGAAUGGAACCCUUCGCCUUCUCCUUCUCUUUGUUCUAACCCUGGUUUCACUAGGCCAUGCACACUACUCCUUAGGUAAAGAGAAGGUCACACACCUCCACUUCUUCUAUCAAGAAAACCUCAUUUCAAACCACCCUAGUGCUGUGCUGGCUGCCAAACCCAAAGACACCACAGUCAAUGCCUCUAAUCUUGCACCAUUUGGGGCAGUGUAUGUCCUUGAUACACCUCUCACUGAAGGACAAGACCCAAACUCAAAGGUGGUUGGAAAAUUACAAGGCCUUUCAGUGUCUGCAGGGGAAGACAAGGCUAUGGUUGUGUUCAUCGUGGACUUUGGGUUCACUUCCGGUGAGUUCAAUGGUAGUUCUAUCAGUGCGUUGUCAAGAAACCCAAUAUUGGAAACAGAUAGGGAACUUGCUAUUGUUGGUGGCCGUGGGAAGUUUAGGAUGGCACGUGGGUUUGCUAAUCUACAUACAAAUUAUAUAAAUGCUACUUCAGGUGUUGUUAUUGUCGAGUAUAAUGUUACUGUUUUUCAUUAUGAAUAA